AUGUCCUUAACCCCCUUCCAACUCGGCCUCCUCUCUCACCUCGCUGCUAUCGGCCUCCUGUUAGCAGGGCUUCUUAUACCUCCCUCGAAACUCACUCACAAUCAACUAGCCCUCGCAUUUCUACCUCCUAUAUGGGUGUGUCAUAUCUAUUCCUGGUCCGUCGGCCUCGGUUUCCUGGCUGGGGUCCAGGUUUUGUGGGCCACGGAACUCCUCUUAUUCCAAAACCCUCGGGAGAAAUUCCAGGUCAUCUAUCACCAACCUCCGCCUCCCUCUCCACCUCUCAAGCCCACGGGCGAGAGUAUCUCAAAGAGUAACAAAGAGAGCGAGAAGGAUGACAAGCCAAAGCAUAUACGGAAGGAGCCCUAUCCUACGAAUUUCCGGAGCAGGCUUCAAUGGGUCUUCAAACUCCACAUCUCAAUGCGCUACGUCGGAUGGGAUACCGGCUCUCCCACACCCAACAAUUCUCUUCCCAGAAACGGGAGAAAACAGUCUCGCCUCCGCUGGCUACUAAACAACAUGCUCCUCGCAGGCCUCUGCUUUCUCCUCAUCGACGCCACGAACGCAUACCAACAUCUCGACCCCUAUUUCCAAAUCGAAACUCCCAUCGAUUCUGUUUUCACUCUCCCUUUAUCUGCAUUGCUCUCUCGUUACACUUUGGGUUUCCUUCCGCCGCCGAGACUGGUAAGGAUUCUUGUUCUGGGAGUGCAGCAGUACGCCGUGUUCACGUUGAUUAAUCGCGUGUUGGCGAUUCUGCACGUUAGUUUUGGUGGACUGGGUCUUUUUGGUGAGUGGUGGGGUGGAGUUGAGAGUUGGCCGAUGUUGAUGGGGAGCCCGGCUGUGGUGUGGGGGAGUGGAUUGAGGGGCUUCUGGGGGAGGUUUUGGCAUCAACUAUUCCGAAACUUGUUCAUGAGCCCCGCAAAAGCAUUGAUAAAUGUGCUGGGCGUAAAGCCCAAGUCUCUCCCCGCAUACGCGAUUAGGAUAGUAAUCGCCUUCUUCAUUUCGGGAGUCCUCCACGCUGCUACUCUUCCACGCAAUAUUUACAGUGUCAGUCCGCUACGAUACGCAUCUUUCUUUUGGAUCCAGGGUGUUUGUGUUUUGCUUGAAGUCAUGGUCGAGCAGAUGUUGGGUGAUGGAAAGCUAAAGCAAAGAGCCUGGUGGAAGCGAUAUGGGGCAGGAAUUAUUAGGUUGCUGUGGACAGUUGUGGUUCUUUAUGUAACGGUGCCGGUUGUUGCGGAUGAGUUGACAAGGGUUUUGAGAGUUAUGGGUCUCAAGCCGACGGUGCUGUUACCGCUACCGCUGCCGAAGAACAAUAAGAUGGACAGGGUGUUCCUAAGAGAGAUUAUGAAGUAG